AUGUCCAACGAAGAUAAAAGCAAGCUUACAAAGUUUACAGAACGCCCGAGUACCACAAACUCCAUAAUAAAAAUGUGGGUUCUUCUCGAGGGUGAACCGGAUCCUGUAAAGUUGGAAGCUGACAUAUCUCAGGUUGCGGACUUGAACGAUUUCAAGGAUAUUCUUAGGGACGAGUUUGAAGAAUUAGAAGGUGUCCAAAAACAGAAAAUCAUAUUUUUAGAUAACAAAAACACACCCCUAAGACCGGGAACUAACCUCGAAUCCCUGGCUGACAAUUCAACAGACAUAAACUCACUUAUUGUUCGUUACCCACUUUCGGAUGCAAACAUUGUGGUGAAUUUUACGUAUGUACAUAAACAGGGUAAAUGUAAGAUACAACAUACAACUGGUUCCUUAAGUUCGUUACGAGAAGCCGUCGUAGAAAGAUUCAAUGAGUUACAAACAGGAGAAUUUUAUUUUUUCAAUGAUGAAACAAAAGAUGAAAUCCGGAACGAGUACCACUUUAAUGACUUAGUAUCUCAAACCGAACUAAAUAGCAACAACUAUAAUCUUAAAUUAAAAAUCAAAGUCGAGGGAAAAAAGUCUUAUAGCGAUUGGGAACUAAAAGACGUGUUUAAGGAAAUAUUACAAAAGAACUAUAAAUCACUUAGUGGAAUGCCAAGAUUUAACUUAAAUGAUCUUCCUUCAUUAGAGCACCCAUUUACUGAAGACGAAUUAAAAGGCUUUGUUUCUGAACUUCAAAAAUCACUUAAUUCACUCAAGUACGAAUUCAUCAACAAGACGACAGCUCGUGAAUAUAUUUCUACCUUCAUAAUAACUGCGGUUUGCCAUAUUCAAGAUCACAUAAACGAUUCAACACAGUUAUGCGAGGAAAUAGACUUGGAUGGAAGUCAUGGGUAUGGUAUUGUCGACUACAUGGUGAUUAUCGUUAAAAUUUUGGUGCUGUUAUGUGAAGCAAAAGCAGAAAAUAUGAACAAGGGAACCGCUCAGGUUCUCGUGCAAAUGCACAGCGCAAUAGAAGAACAAUUGAAUAAACGCAAACGGGGCCAAAUGGAACAUGCGAUGUUCGGAAUAGUUACAACUGGAAAAUUAUGGCGAUUUGUCCGUUGGACUGGAUCAUUGGAAGACCCGACGGUUCAUAUUUCUGAAGAAUACACUUGCAAUUUUAAGGGUAAUAUGGAACCCGAAAAAGAAGUGUUGACGUAUAUUGCCCAGAUAUUACAAGCCCAAGCUAAGGCAUUUGAUAAUAAUGAUAAAGACAGUGGCCAUCCUUCAAAACGCCAAUGUACUGAUCAAAAUAAGUGA